CCCUCUGAUCGAACGAUGUCGCCGCUUGGAGAGCAAGACAGAUCUGCUGACGUUCGAGUCUCGCUUCAGAAAGGCCGUGGUAUGGGGAAAGAUGUAUUCAUCGCCGCAGCAACUUUUGCGGCACUUUUAUCAGCCGUAGCUGGCCAAUGUCAGCCCAGGGACUAUGGCCGGGGCAGCUUUGUGUGCGUCUGCAACGCGACGUACUGCGACUUCAUUGGUGACAUCGGACCUUUGCCGACUGAAGCAGCGUUGGCGUUCGAGAGCAGCAAAGCCGGCCAUCGUUUCACCAAGACCACCUUACCCUUCGGUAAAAAGACUGGUUCAAGCGACAACGACACGUUGCUCCUUCUGGUCGACUUCUCGAGAAAGUACCAAAAGGUGUUUGGCUUCGGUGGCGCUUUCACCGAUGCGACAGGAAUAAACAUCAAGUCUCUUCCGGCGAACAUGCAAGAUGACAUCCUCAAGUCAUACUACGCAAAGCAAGGACUUGGGUACACCGUCGGCAGGAUUCCAUUGGCGAGCUGCGAUUUCUCUGAACGCAAGUACACGUACGACGAUACUCCCGGAGACUUCGAGCUCAACAACUUCACGCUUGCCCCGGAAGACUUUGAUCUCAAGAUUCCGUACAUCAAAAAGGCCAUGUCUUUCUCUAGCGAACCCAUAUGGUUGUUUGGGAGUGCUUGGAGCAGCCCAUCUUGGAUGAAAACCAGCAACAUGCUGGAGGGCCCAGGGGUUCUCAAGGGUGAACCGGGAGGUCCCUAUUACAAGGCGUGGGCAAAGUACUACAUCAGGUUUGUGCAGGAGUAUGAGCGUAGUGGCAUUCCUAUAUGGGGCCUGACAACGCAGAACGAACCUACGACGGGCUUUGUACCGGGCUUUCCCUGGCAAACGCUGGGUUUUACGCCAAGGACGCAGAGGGAUUUCAUCAAGCUCGACCUGGGGCCGGCGCUGGCUGUAGCCGGCUAUGGUGCGGACAAGUUGCAGCUGAUGAUCCUCGACGACAAUCGCAUCGUUCUUCCGCACUGGACAGACGUGGUGCUAGGCGACUCGGAGGCAGCCAAAUACGUCCGUGGAGUCGCUGUCCACUGGUACAUGGACACCAUCAUUGGCCCAUGGGUCCUCGACAAAGUACACCAGAGCUUCCCAGACACGUUCAUUCUGGCCACAGAAGCAUGUACUGGCUUCCAACCGACUGUUAAAGACAAGGUCAUACUGGGAAGCUGGGAACGCGCAGAACAGUACGCCAGCGACAUACUAGAGGACCUAACUCAUUGGGCUAGUGGAUGGACAGACUGGAACCUUGCCUUGGAUCUACAGGGAGGCCCCAACUGGGCGAAAAAUUUUGCCGACUCGCCCAUCAUCGUGAAUGCCACUGCUAAGGAGUUCUACAAGCAGCCAACAUACUACGCUUUGGCCCACGUCAGCAAAUUCGUUCCGAGAGGCAGUGUGAGGGUUGCGUGUCGACUGGAGCGGUCGCUUCUUCAAAACAGGGCUGCAACUAACCUCCAGUAUGCGGCAUUUUUGACGCCAGAUUCGGCGAUUGUGGUGAUCGUGUUGAACAGGGAUGACAAGAAACACACGUUGAAGAUCAAGGACGCGUCUGGCUCUCGCACCGUGCAGAAGAUCGUCAACGAGCGGUCGAUAACGACGUUUAUUUGGCAGUCGUGAAUAUGUAACCGUUUUGGAAGCAAAUAACAAGUUUAUUCUUUAGCA